CUCAGUUCCUCGUCGAAGUUGAAAGCGUUUGGUGCUCGCAGCGGAAAAGCGAAUCUGGCGGCACCCAAACAAAUAUUAAGAAAAAAAAAUGAAUAAAUAAGGAAAAGCUGGGGAAAACUUUGAAAACGGGCGCGCGAACAAGUGAGCAGCGGCGGCAGAAUCAAAAUCAGCAGCCGAAGUGAAGUGUAAAUAAGUGAAAUACCCAGCACACACAGAUACACACACGCAUACCGACACCGGAGUUUGGGCCCUGGUAUUAGAACGGCAUGGGUCCACAACAAUUCCGUUUCUGUUUAUCGAAUUUAUAGCACGUCAAGCGAGAAAGCAAAGUGCAAAUGAAAAAGUGAAAAUAAUUUGUGAAUAAAUCAGUUGGGAGAAACAAUGAUGGACUAACGGAUUUUGACGGACCUUGCGUGAAAUUCGGCAGAAGCUGAAUCGAGAAGGAUAAACUUUUUGGCCAGCUAUGCCCAGGAAUUGUGCGGUGGCGAGGAGCGCGGCUGUUGAUAUAGAUUCAGAUUCUGAUUCAGAUACAGAUAAAGAACCAAUUUUAUUUGCCGCUCGCAUUGAAAAUGUGCCAAAGCUGCGGGCUGCUCGAAGUUGACUCUGGUAAAACCUCGACGAGGACGACGAUGCCACUUGAUUUCGGCCAACUUAAAUAAGCAGGCAAGGCGAGGCGAGGCGCCACCACACCACCCACUCAAUCACCGACACAGCCGCGCGCAAAAAAGAAACAAACAAUCAAAUAAACUAGGCAAAAAGCAGCUAGCAAUCGAAAAUGGCCGCGCCCAUCGACGAGAGUGUGCUGAAUGCACUGAGAGGCGUAACCAGCGCCCACACCCGCCUGCCCAAACCGCUGCUCAUCAAGAUCUACGUGGCCAGUCUGAAGCAGGAGUUUAACCAGGAGCGACGCAUGCUCCUCGAACUGGUCGGUCCCGAGCUGCAGUCCCUCUACGAUGACCGACAAAUUGAGCUGGAAUUCGUGGACAUGCACUUCGGCACUGGCGACCUGGAGGUGCAUCAGCUGGAGCGGGAUCCCUACUUGAUCCAUGACUAUCUGCACGAGAUCGACACUUGCCACGCGCACACGAAGAGCGUCUUCUUCAUGGUGCUCGUGGGCGAUGGCAUCGGUCGUCAGCUGCUGCCCACGAAAAUAGAUGAGGACAUCUUUUCCGCAGUCCUCGCCGAUCAGCAGACCUCUGCCGAUCAUGAGGCUAUGUUGGUUAAGUGGUACGAAAGGGAUGCAAGUCAAACGCAACGGCAGCUCAAACAGGAUUAUCGCCUUAUGAACGUGGAUGCCUGGCUGGCUGAAUCACAGCGAAUGCAAAGCUUUUUGGAACAAGCCUUUCAAUCGUUGCUUCAAGGAUCCGGUGCAUCAGGACGAUCGCCUGACUUUAUGGAACGGGUUCAGCUACUUCGACGCACGCAGAUCGAAAGGGAAGUCUCGCAGGCUAUGGCCCUCACCAGCGAGAAAAUCCUGGCAGUUUUCCGAGAACGAGCCGCUCAGUGCAGCAAGGGGGACGUGGAGGCGGCAGAGCGGCUGCGAAAAAUCAAGGACGAACUCACCAUGAACCUUUCCACAGAUAAUCAUACUACACUUGUGGUGCCCGGCAGUGCCGCCAGCGAGGCCAUCGACCCGGACAACGAGGACCAUGAGUCGUACUUGAGCAAGUUCAAGAACAAAGUGACCGACAAGCUGCGCCUGCUAAUCGAGGCGCAUAUAACCAAUGAUCCCGACGUAAUCAAGGGGAGGAAAAAGACUGUGCAGGAAAUCUUUCACGAGCACGCCACGCACCUGCGAAUCCUGCGGGAGCACACGGACAGCGACGCUCUGGUGGAAUCGCGGGUGCCGCAACAGCUCCGCCAGAAUCUGAUGGCCAACUUCCGGAACGGCAGUCGGCAUGCGCCGUACUUUCUCUGCGGUGCGGAUGGGAGUGGCAAGAGCGCCAUACUGUGCCACCUGUACGGCCAGGUGGGCAGUUGGUUUGGAUCCACUCGCGUCCACCGGGUGAUUCGCUUUGCCAAGGCCACGCCCCGUUCCGCCUACAAUCUGGAGCUGCUUCGCGUGAUUUGCCAGCAGAUCUCAAUCAUUUUUAACAUACCAGAAGGCUAUCUGCCGAAGGACGCCUCCUUUGAUCCGCUGUAUAUCAACACUUGGUUCCAGAACCUGCUGCGUAGAGUUGAGGAUAUGGGCAAUGAUGUCCUCUUCCUGUUUAUCGAUGACUUGCACUUGCUGAAUCCACUGGAUUGCGAUAUUGUUACGGCUCUUUCAUGGCUGCCCACAUCGCUGCCCUGGAAUGUGCAGAUCAUUUGCAGCUCUACUACGCCCGUGGAGCAGCUCAAGUUCACACCAAUGCAGCGGGAUCGCUUCAAGUCCAUCGAAUAUCAGUUCGAUCUGAAUAUGGGUGACUAUGCCACAAAGCUAAAGAUACCGCCACAAUGCAUUCCGGGCGACGUGAGCUUUGCUCUCUACGUGGAGCAGCAGUUCGACCAGUUGGAACGCCAUUACGGAAGGCAGGCGGUGGGCGAUCUAGCCUCCUACAUCACCUGCUCGGAGUACGGAUUGAGUGAGACGGAGCUGCUGGAGCUGCUCAUGCCCACCGACGAUCCGGAGUCGCUAAUCGAGACCAAGAACGGACACUUUAGCUUCGCCACCUUCAAGAAGAUCCAUCGCGAAAUGGACCUACUACUGCUCCUGCACGACAAAAUAAUGUCCGGCAAGGUGCUAAUCCAGUGGCGGCACAACUACUGCGCCUCGGUGGCCAAGCGGAGGUAUAUGGACGUCCAGAGGACGCGUAGCCUGCACUGCGAGCUGGCCAAUUUGUUCUUUCCGCAGGACGAGGACGAAAGCACGCUGGAGAACGAGUCGAAUCGCAGCGAGAGCAAGUCGGUGAUCAGCCUAAAGGACAGGGACCGCGAGAAGGACUCCCUGUCGGCGGUGUCAGCCGUUUCCGCCGGCCGGAAGUCAUCGUCCACGCAUCACAACGACGACACAUCCACCUUCUACAAUCCCAUUGCAGCGGAUGUAAGCUACAGCAUGCGCCACGUGGAGGAGAGCUGGCACCACCUGAUGCGAUCCGAUGACACCACCCGGUUCAAGCAGAUCGCUGUCUGCAACUUCGACUUCCUGCUGGCGGCGGUGCAAACCGUGUCGAUCAGCUACCUACGCUGCCUGAUCGAGCACGUACGCUGCUACAUCCUGGACAGGGACAUCGAGCUGAUCUACUACACGAUCCGGAAAUCGAGCGACGUCCUCACCCGCGAUCCCAUGCAGCUGGGUUCCCAGCUGAUAUCCUGGCUGCGUCCGAUCAGCGAGCACGACGACGACGACAACUCGCUGCUGAGCAUGACGGUCCGCUCGGCGACAGCCUGGUGCGACGGCUAUGCGGUACCGCUACUCGUACCGCUCACCGGCUGGCUGCCCGCGCCGCUGCCCUCGCAGAUUCGCACGAUGACGGUGUCGGGAACGGGAUGCAUUCGAGCCGUGUGGCUGGCUCCGUCGAAGCAGCACCUUAUCCUGGCCACCAGCUCGGGCGACGUACAGCAGUGGCACAUCAUGAGCAACUCACUAGAUCACAUAUUUAAGGGACACACUGCGGCAGUCACGUGCCUCCUGGUGGCUCCCCAGUCGGAUUCGGAGCUGCUGCUGACCGGCUCUGAGGAUGCCACUGUUCUUGUGUGGCACGUAGGGCUGCGCGAGCGACGGGCGCACAUAAAGAACGCCCACACGGCUCCGAUUACGGGCGUGGCAGCCGGCGCCAAUAACACGCUCAUCAUAAGCAGCAGCGAGGAUGCAAGCAUCGCCAUCACGGACCUGGCCAGCGGCAAACUGAGACACCGCAUCACUCAUCAUCGCGGUCCAGUGAGUGGAAUCGUGGUGGCUGGAGCUUGCGAUGUCCUCAUCUCGGGUGGUCUCGAUAGGACGAUUUGCGUGUGGGAUCUGGACAACUUUACCCUGCUGAACACUAUGCAGAUGACGAGUGCUGUACUGCGCAUUGAUAUUUCAUGGAAUUCGGUCUUUUUGCUGGCUUUGUGUGAGGACAAUGCGCUAUAUGUCCGCACACUGGCCACCGGCAAGGAGUUGCAUACUCUCAAAGGACACAAGUCGAAGAUCCGAAGCAUUUCCAUUGGCAAGGACAGCCAGCGUUGUGUGGUGGGCUGUGAUGAUACACGAGCGCUGAUCUAUGAUAUGCACGCCGGAAAACUGGUAAGAUCGCUGCCUCCGAAUCCGGGUCCAGUCACCGCCGUUCAUGCAAUGGAUAAUGACGAUUUCCUGGUCACCGUGGGCGGCAACAAGAUCACCUUCUAUUCGUUCCGCAACGAGGAGCUCUAUGUGAAUCCCUACUCCCGGCAUCCACGUCGCAAACGCAGCCUGAAGCGUCAUGCGCAGGCGCAGCGAUCGCCAUCGACCACAUUGCCACCCAUCACCUGCUUCGAUUUGUCCCGCGACUCCCAGCAAAUGGCCAUCGCCUCCGGGCGUCAUGUCCACCUCAUGAGAAUCAAUACUCCGGAAUACCAGUGCACAUUGGAGGGGCACACAGCUGGUGUAUCUUGUCUCAAGUUUGCGCCGAAUGGUGAGUUUCUGGCCACCGGCUCCGAGGAUCGUUUGGUGCACAUUUGGAACCUGGCUCUGGGUGAGAUCUGCAACUCCUUUAAGGGCCACACUGCACCGGUGGUCAAGGUGGUGGUGCUAAUGGAUUCGUUGCGAGUAAUUUCCACGGAUCGCGAUUCCAUGCUGCUCGUUUGGAUGGCCCAUUCGGGCAAUUUGUUGCAGACCAUCCAGGGUCCAUACAAAAGUCUAUCCGUAACCAACAACAUGCGCUUUGCCGUCUCCACGAAUGGCGAUAACACACUCAAGAUCUGGUCACUGACUCAGGAGGACGAGAAGUAUUCCGUUUCGCACUCGGAUGAAAUCACAUGCUUUGAGAUCAGCGCCGAUAGUGUGCACAUCAUCAGCGGAUCUCGGGACAUGUCCUUGAAGGUGUGGCAAGCGACGGGCGGUAAGCUAAGCCAGGUGCUGGUGGGGCACAGUGAUGCGGUCACUUGCGUAGCCGUUUCGGUAACUAACAAGACUCAGGUCCUGUCCGGCUCGAAGGACAUGAAUCUCAUCCUUUGGGACUUGCUCACCGGCGAGGAGGUGCACACGCUGGCAGGACAUCUGGGUCCUGUGAUUGGAGUCAAAGUUUCGGCAGAUGGUUCCACUGCCGUUUCUGGAAGCGAUGACAAGACCCUGAUCGUAUGGGAAACAAAGCGCGGACUAGCUCUAACCUCGCUCCAAAUGCACGUGCCCUUCACGCACUUCGACAUUAGUCUGGAGGUGUCUCGAGUCCUGGUCCAGCUGGUGGACAGCUAUAAUCUUCCCGUGAUUUGCUUGCAUAACACGCCAGCGCAGUAUGUGAAACUGCCUACGUAUUCGGGUCCCAGCAAGGAUGUUGAAGAUCUAAGACCUCAGGGUCCCAAGCGUCAAAUGAAGCGGUUGCUGAAGAAGGAGGUUUCGCUGGACACGUACACCUGGCAGAAGAAGUACGGCCACCUGACGUCCUCAGUGAUGAUGGCCCAGGUGGAUGAACGUCUGAAGCGGCGCUUCAGUGUUUCGGCCAGCAUGGAGGAGAUCUCGAAGAUUGCCGAGACAAAGACAGGAGCUUCCCAGGCCAAUCUGGGACCGGAGCAGGCGGCUCUGGCCCAAUCCCAGCACUUUGAUCAACUGGAGGCGCUGUGGAAUAAGCGCUCGCCGCCAAGAAGGCGUCACAAUGCGGGUCUCUCGAGGCAAACCUCGCUGGUGGAGGACCGACUCGAAUCGUCGGACGACGACGAGUACCAGGACGAGCGCGCAGGUAUGUUGUCCGCCUCCUACGAUAACAUCCACCACCUUGCACGUUUGCCCGGGCUCCGAUCCCUGCACGAUGCAUGGAAGACCAACAGUCUGCGGGUGCCCAGUCGCUCCGCCCGCACCAAGUUCUAUGUGAGCACACCACCACCACAGAACUCGCAGAACAGCAGCAGCCUACGGCUGGACUCGCACGUACCCGGACAGUUUACGGAUGGUGUGGUGGCUCCUGAUCUGGUCAGGGAUCUCCUGUCCGUGCCACCGACCGUCGAGUCACCUCAAAGGAUCUCCCUGCGGCAGUUGCUCCACUGGCCAAGUCUGAAAUCUCGAAUAUGGCGCCGCCAGCGUAACUGUCAGUCCCUGCAGCCGAACAUCCGGCUCAAUCCACCGGAAAGACUCCGGCCGACACCCAUCAUUGUGGUGGAGAACUACGAUGUCCGCCGUGUGCAGCAACUCCGCACGGAUCUCAUUCUGCAUCCGCAGACGAGUAGGGCCUCAGUGGGUCACAUCGAGGUGGCCGGCAGCGAACAUCUUCUAGCCAAAAAGGCCAACUACUGGCAGCGCCGCUGGCAUCUUCUGCGCCACAAGGCCGCCAGCACCACCACCACCACCACCAGCCGUUCAGAGUCUAGUCACCCACAUCGGGAUUCCAUGAAUUCCCAUUCGAAUAACAGCACCCCCGAUCCCACGGCCAAUUGCAACGAUUGUGUGGCCCAAUGACUGGCAAAGACCCAAACAUCGACCACAUCGAACAGCCACACCACCACCAACACUGUGCACCACUUCCGAUUUCCAGCACCCCUUUUUGCCACUCUUUUUACGUAGUUUUGGCCAUGCCUAGUUGUUUCCCAGUAGUCAACUUAAACGUAUUUAUUUUAAUAAAUUUCCACAAGGUUC